UAUUGACAGAUUAAGGAUAAUAAGACAUAUAUGUCCCACAGAGAGGGGGGGGGAAGCACCCUGCAAAUUGUAAAGCACUAUAAAAAUGGGAGAAAUUAUUAUUAAUUCAACCACUCUUCCUAAAUUCUCCUUGGAAUAAUCUGUUAGACUUUGCCUGCCUGUCUCCUCUGGAUGUUUCUCAAGCUAGUGACAGGGAUGUUGAUUACUCAGGUCUGGUUGUUUUAGUUAACAUUUAUUUCCACACCUGCUGACACAAUUUGCUGCCUCUUUUUAAAAAAGGAGGAAGAGAAAAGAGAAAGAAGAGCACUCUCUCUUUCUCUCUCUCUGGAUAGUUGUAAAGGAUAAUGAGUAAUUUAUUCAGAGCUGUGUACAAAUCAGACUAUCGCCCUCCAGACGGAAUCAACAAUAUAAUUUUAAGCCUCCACACGUUUACAAAUGCUAACGUUCUGGUGCAGCUGGGUUGCCAUGGGCAACGAGAGCAUGCCAGCUUGUGAUCUGAAACACGGGAAUGACGCUGCCCAACCUUGAAACAGGACAGAAUCUAAAGGGAAGAAAGAUUCUAAAGCCUUUCACCCUGAUCUAAGGUCUGCUUUCUGCUUGAGUGAUGGUUUGGGUUAUCUGCCCUCUGAAAUAACCCACCUUAUUUUGUUGGCUUCUUUAUAUGUUGGCACUAUUCUUUAUUACAUGGUUAUAAACCUAUUCUUAUUACUAAGAGGACCUGAUGCCCAUCCUUACAGAAUUCUCAUGUGCCAUAGAAAUCCACUGAUUUUUAAAAAAUGGAUCACACUCAAUUAAUCAAUUAAAUAAAAUUUUAAAAAAUGAAUCAAAAAAUACCAUUUCUUGAUGGGGGAGCCUUCCUCAACAGAGAUAUUGGUAUGCUUCUAAAUAUCAUGUUUCAGAGGAGAAAGCCAAAGUCUAGGAAAUUUAAGGAAUUUGUCCAAAGUCACACAGGUAGUAAGUAGCAGAGCUAGAAUUUUAAGUCAAGUCCUGUGAUUUUGAAUGCCUCCUUCCAAGUACAAGGUUCCUUCCAGUGCCCCUAUAGGAAAAUACACUGAGUCAAGAGAAAAUAGACCUGAAUUAUAAUCAUACCUUUGCUAACCACCAUCCACAUGCCCUUUGGCUAGUAACACAACUCACAUAUUUGCUCACAUGUAUAACCAGGAGGUAUCUUGGGGAAGAUCAACGCUGUCAUAACAAAAGAUAUUAAAGGCAAAUAAUGAACAUGAUAUGGAUAUGGUUCAAUGAAGAGACUUGUCUAACUAUAAAGUUCAUACUGGACAAUAGUUUCCUUAAAUGCCCACAAAGGAUAUAGAGGAGAGACAGAUGAUUUGAGACCUUCAAACAUGGUAAAAGUUUUUAGUGCUAUAGGAUGGAAAUUCUCUGAUUUUAUGGACAUUAGGGAGACUCAGGGAGUAAAAAAAAAAAAACAAAAAACCACCACUACCAACAACAACAAUAAAAAAAAAACAGCUCCUGUUGUACAAUUUGAAAGUUUCCUAGGCUCUGGAAGGGUCAAGCAACUUGUAUUGGGUCAUACCAAUGGUAUCAGAUAUCAGAGCCAGGGCUUAAGCCAAGGUCUUUCUGAAUUCAAGUCUGGCUCUCUAUCCACUGUACCACAACAACCUCUUAAAGCUCAUCUUUAUAAGAGAAAUUAUGACUUCUUUGCAAUCAUAGAACUAGAUAGUAGUAGGGGUAUAACUAGAACCCAGGUCUAGGCAAACAUCUACCCAAAUUCUCUUUCCACUAUGCUACAACUUAGUAAUAAUAACAUUUAUCACAUUUAGAAAGAACUUUCCACACAUUGUGUAAGAUAUGUAAGAAUAAUAAUAUAAUCUCUAUUUUUCAAGUGAGAAAAGAAAGUCCCAAAGAGUUGAACUAACUUUGUGUAGGGUCAUACAAGUGUCUGAGGAUAAUGUCAUCCUAGACUUCUUGUUCCACAUCCAACUCUCUAGCUGCUUGGCCAUGUUGUGUAUCCACUGGACGACUAGACAAUAGUGAGCCAUUUCUGAGCAGAGAAACAGGUGAAAUCAGCUUUUUAUGUGGUCAAAAUGGAAUACAGAAUUGAUAAAAGAUGCUAGAUUCAAAGAGUCCAGCUGAGAUGCUAGUGCAAUUAGGUGAUGAGGGUCUGGGCUAGGAUUUAGAGUGAGAAUAGAAUGAGGCAAGUCAUUGGAGAGACAAAUUAAAGGUCUAGAUGAUUGUAAGGUCCCUUUUAAGUAAAAAUUCUGUGAUGAAAUGACUUGGUAGCUGACUAGUUUAUAGAGGAUGAUUAUAGGAGCAUAGAUUUGGAACUGGAAUAAUAAACAUUUAAUAAUUAUUUUUUGACUAGCUGAUUGGGAGGGGGACCUUAGAAGAUAUUGUCCCACCUGCUCUGUAAAAUUAUACAGAAGUUGAAGAUGGAAUGUCAAGUUCAGCAGGCAUCUAGUAACUGAGUUUGGCUGGAAUAUAGAGUGGGCAAAGAGGAAUAAGGUGAAACAAGUUUAAAAGGACAGAGUGGGAUGACAAGAAGCAAUGAGGAGCCACUGAAGUUUUUUGAGCAGGAGAGUGAUAUGAUGAAUGCCUCAGGAAAAUUAUUUUAGCACCUGUGUAAAAGAUAGUCUGGAGGAGGAUAGGAUGAGAGACAGAAAAAGUCAUAAAAAUGCUAGUAAAUAGUUCACAAAAGACCUUACAAAAUCCUGAACUUUGAUAUUAGUGAAUGGAGAAUAGAUUUCUCUGGAGGUAAAACUUAUAGGAGGUGACUGAUUGAACCUGGGGACAUAAAGUAAGAGGAAAAAGAAAAAAAUCAUUCUGAGGUUUUGAGCUUUGGUGACUAGGAGGUUGCUGGUGCUUGUAACAGAAAUUUUGUAAGUUGUAGGGAUGGGUUUAGAAAGGAAUUGAAAUCAGGAAAACUUUUCAAUUUAUUUAGAACCAUUUCCCCUUGAAAUUCCUAUUAUUCAAUUUUAAAGAAAGCAGAAUUUUUUUAAUUUAAAAGAAAAAAUUAAAAUUGUGUCUUAUGGUUAUGCCUUAGGCUAUGCAAGGAACACCUAAAGUCAAGAGAUAGGGGAAGGCAGAAAGAAGCAUUUAUACAGUGCCUUUCAUACCCCAGGUACUAUGCUAUAUGUUAAGAAUACAAAAUGAGGCAAAAGUCAGUUUUUACUAUCAUGGAUUUUACAAUUUAAUAGGAUAGACAACAUGUAAACAAAUAGACACUGUAUGUAAAUACAUGUGUAUGUAAAGCAAGCUAUAUAUAAGAUAAACAGAAAAUAAUUAACAGGAGGAAGUCAUGAGAAUUAAAAAGGUUGGGGGAAGGCUUCCUGCAGUGGGGGAAAAGGGGUAAAGGAGGAAAAGACAUACAAUAUUGUGGGAUGAUCAAAUGUAAUAUACUUUGCUACUAACAGCAAUACAACGAUCCAGGACAAUUCUGAGGGACUUAUGAAAAAGAAUGAUAUUCACAUCUAGAGAAAGAACUGUGGGAGUAGAAAUCCAGAAGAAAAUAUGAUUUAUCACUUAUUUAUUUGGGUAUAUGAUUUGGGGUUUUGGUUUUAUAAGAUUACUCUCUUAUAAAAAUGAAUAAUAUAGAAAUAGGUUUUGAGUGCUAAUACAUGUAUAACCCAAUGGAAUUGCUUGUCUACUCCAGGAAGGGAGAGGGAAGAAGGGAGGAAGACAAUAUGAGUCAUGCAACCUUGGAAAACUUAUGUAUAAAUAUGUUCCUGGAAUAAAAUAAAGAAAAAAUUAUAAAAUUAAAAAGAAAAAAAAAAGGGAACCAUAGGAGACUUGAGGAGGAAUGAACAGGUUCAGAAGAGAUGCUGUGGAGAGUGGGUUAGUGAGAAGGUGUAGAUGAGGGUAGGAUUACCUAGCAGCAAUGAAGGUCUAGUUGAGGUUAUACAACAUGAUUUUGUAGUGGACUCUGAAAGGUCGAAUGAUCUUCUCCACCUUUUUUCAGCAGUAUAUGUAGAAAAGAAGGUAACAAAUGUGGGGAGUGAUCCAACAUGGAGGUUUUGCUAGGUAGAAUCAGUGCUAUGAUAAGGGGGCUAGGUAUUCAAGAUAGGAGGACAGUAUAAAAAUGAAUUGUUUCACUAGGAGUUGACAUGACAAGAGAAGAGAAUAACUAGUUGCAGUGGGGAGAGGAAGAGAUCAUCUGGGAGAGAAUUGAAGGUCAAGGUUUUGGAGGUCACAAUGCAGAUAAAGAGUAGGAUGAUAUAGAAGUCAGAGGGAUAGGUAAAAAGCCAAUAGAUUAUAGUUUAAAUGUAUUUCAGAAUUCUUGAACUAGAAAGUGGUGCAUUUGUGGAUGAUAGCAAGAUCAAAAGUAUGACCAUCUUUGUGUGUGACUGAAGGAGGAUGGAAGAGUAGCUUAUGAGAGACAAGUAGGUUGAGGAAUUGAGCGAGGGAAAAUCAAUAUGCAUGUUGAAGUUCCUUAGUAUCAGGACAAGAGUUGGAAAAGAGAAAAAUUCUAAGUCAGAUAUCACUCAUUGAAGAAGGAAGGGGAGUGACCUAUGGAUCUGCAGACAAUGGCUACUAGGAUUUUGAUUGGGUGGCAGAAAUGAAUAGCAUGAACUUCAAAGGAAGAGAGAUUACCAAGUGAUGGAGGUAGUGGAAGAAACUGAAAAUGAUAAAGGAGAACAAGAAACAUUCUAAGUCCUCUAUCUGGACUAUUGAGUCAAAGAGAAUAAGUGAAUGUACAGUCAUUUUUUGAAGAGUAACCAGUGAGUCUGUGUCAUCAGGGGGAAAUCAAAUGUCAGGAAGAGCUAGUCAAUGGAAAGAAUGGGAGAGAAAAAGAUUUAAGGUGAAGGGCAGUUUGUUGCCUAUAAAACAAGCAUUCCAGAAGGUGAGGUAAAAGGACUAGGUAGAGUUAAAUGAAACUUUGGAGGGAGGGUGGGUUGAGAAGAUAGGAAUGCAAAAUCAGAUGGUAGGGAGUAAAGGGUGUGAUUUGGAUAAUUAUCUGCAGGAGUUCAGAGUUCCUGGGAUGUGAAGGGUAUGAAAAGGUGUAAGGACAUUCGUCAUUGAGUGAAGGGGCACCAUUCCUUUACCCUCAAAGGACAGGUGGAGCAAGAGAAAAACUUAAGUCAAAGGGAGGGUUGCUUUUUUUUUUUUUUUGGUACAAAAAGUUCUCCACAUGCCAGUUGGGAGAUUGGACUGGCAGCAGGAGAUAGAAGAUGCUUUGUGCUGGUCCAUAUAGAAGUGAUGACUUUGGGGUAGAGGGAAGGUGCCUGACCUGAUUCCCAGCAGCCUUUCUUCAGGGAACACAUUGUGCCCAGAAGGAGUGCUAGUGUACUCAUGUCCUGAGUUCUUUUCACGGGAGGAGGCUAGCUAUGAGACCAAUAAUACUAUUUCCCAGUUUUUAGCCUUCUGAAUCCAGCUCGAUGUCAAAUGUCUUCAUUUGGGGCAGGGGGUCACUCUAGCUAUCUUCCCCCCAAAUGACCUUGGUUUGGGGAGGGCAUGAAGAAUAUCCAGCAGAAUAGUAUUGUCUCAAUGUAAUGAGCAUUUCUUGAGUUCCUCACAUAUGCCAGGUACUGUGCUAGGCAGUGAAGAUAAAAAACAAAAAUGGAAGUCCCUCUCCUCAAAGACCUUACAUUUUAAAUGUACGUGGGGCUACAUGGGGAGGGGAGGGGAGAACAUGGGCACCAAUAAAUAAAUACCAAUAAAUACAAAGUAAAUUAGAGAUCUGUGGAAAACACUUGACAUCUGAGGGAAUCAGGAAAGGCCUCACAUACUGCCCAAUUUGGGAUUAGAGUGAGGGACAGGGAUGACCUUUCUGAGGCCCCCAGAUGUCAUUCUAUCUUGAUGGGGGUUGGUUAGCAUCCUGAAUGCAGCUGCCGUUCUCACUGAGCCAGUGGUUCCUCGGGCUCAAUCCUGUCCUGCUGGGCUGAGGUCACAGACAGCAGAAACUCCCAGAGCAGCCCCUCCAGACUGGCUACUGAAGGAGUACCUGAAAGGGCAAAGGAUGAGAAGCCAUUCAAUAGACGAGGAGGAUCUAGCCCAAGGGAAAACUCCACCACAUCACAUGGAUCUCACCAGGAGCCUGAGGAGAGGAAAGAUUGAACAUCAAAUGACCCUGGAAGACCUAAGAAAACUAAAUGUUGCCUUUCAGGAGUUUGAAAAAAGAGGCCAGAAGUUCUUAGACAUGGACAUGUUCACAUGGACAAUGAAGAAGUGUGUGAAGUCACCUAACAAAAGUAAUGAGCAAAUAGAACAACUUUUCAUGAAGAUAGAUUAUGCUGCAACUGGUGGAAUUCAAUGGGAUGACUUCUGUACCUACCUACAAUUAGAGUAUUCAGAACAGGCUGACUCAUUGGUCCGACAGAAAGAGGUUUACUUCACCAUGCCUGCCCUGUCCCAAGGGCUAUCCCACAGUGGGCCUGUCCUUCGCAUUUUCUCUCUGCCUGAUGAUACCCUAAUCAUGAUGGGAGAAGAUGGAAUCAUUUCUUUCUGGUCGCCACAGCUGACAUUGAAAAGAAGAAAACUGGUUUUCGACAAAGCCAUCAACCGGAAAUCAAAGUGGGUAACAGAUUUCACAAGUAUGCCGCAGUAUAACAAAUUGAUCAUCAGCACAGGAGAUCGUGAAAUCCAGCUGUACGAACUGUCCAAUCUGGAGCCUUAUUGUCAAAUAGGUGGCUUGGAUAGUGUACCUCUGAGGCUGGACUACUGUUACAUGGAUCAUGACAAAUGCUUGAUUCUGUAUGGUGAUGACCAGGGAUGCGUGAACAUUCUGUUUUUGGCUUCUGUAGGCGAACUAUUAAGAACGUGGAAGAAGCUGCCUCUUGUUGAAAACAUGCCAACUGUGAGAAUUAGCAGCGCAUUGUGUUCUCCUAAUGUAAAAUUUGUUCGUUGGAAAGUACAUGAAGACUGGGUGACUCAGUUGAACUACUAUGAUUCUAUUCAAGUCGUCAUUUCUGCCUCCAUCCAUGAGCCCACUGCUUUAGUAAUAGGAUGUACCACUGGAACAACAAAUGUUGAACAAAAGAUGAAGGAAAUAAGGGAUGUUAAGAAAGACGGAAAAGUAAGAAAACGGCACCAAGUAACCCUUGGUGUUCCCCAGAGGAGAGCAGAGGGCAAUCAAACAGUCUUUCAAGUGCAUAAAGGAGUCAAAGCAUUUUCAUUUUGUAAAAGAAACAACUUGCUACUAACAGGUGGAAUGGAUAGAGUAAUUCGAAUUUGGAACCCUUAUGUUCCAGGAAGACCAACAGGCAUGCUGAAAAGCCACCUCGCUCCAGUCUUUUACCUCCACAUAGCAGCAGAAGAGAAGAGAAUAUUUUCAAUGUCCACUGACAAUACGGUCAAGAUCUGGGAUCUUGAGAACCACAACUGUUUGUUCAGUGCUUACCCCAAAGCCAGCAGCAUCCAAGGGGAGCUUACUGCUUGUCACUACCUGUCCAGCAUCAAAGCACUGUGUGUUGCCACAGAUUCUAUCUAUCUCCUGCAUCUAAGGAUGAGAGCUCGCCCUGAGCCUCACCUGGUGGUUUCUCACAAGGAGCCUGUAGUGUGCUGCAGGUACAACAAGACAUUUAGACACGUGGUUAGCUGCUCAGAAGGGUCCGUGAUUAAAGUGUGGGAUUUUGAAACAGGAAUGUUGCUGUCUGAAUUUAUUGGAGCUCACAGCAAUAUGGAAAUCACCUGCCUGACCUUUGACCCCAGUGGGAGAAGGCUGGUCACUGGUGGCAGAGAUGGGUGUUUAAGAAUUUGGAAUUACAACAAUGGGCAUUGUCUGAAGAUUCUGACCCAAGAUGAGAUGCACAAUGAAGUCUGUGAUUGUACCUAUGUGGAAGUGUAUCAAAAUAAGUACAUUAUAGCUGUUGGAUGGGACAGAAGAAUAAACAUGUACUUUGAUUCUCCUCACGAUUUCCAUCAUUUCUGGAGGCCUCAACCACAUUGGCCAGACGAUCUAAUCCGGGGACAUAAGGAUGAUAUUUUAUGUGUCGUUCAGUGCCCACCUUCUCUUCUUGCCACCUCUAGUUAUGAUGGGGAAAUUAUCAUUUGGAAUUUGAUCUCAGGACACAUAUACUGCAAGCUAAACACACCAGUCCUUACUUACUGCUCUGAAGAUCCAGAAGACAGGAGCAUUUCUCAUCUCAGUUUCCUAAAGACCCGUGCAGCCAAAUUUGAAUCAACAGCUGCUUCUCUCAUUUCCAAUGGGCCCCAAGGUUCUGUUAUCUUCUGGAGUCUAUUCAGUGGGGCCCAGCUCAUAGCCAGCUUCAUACCUUCCAGAGGAAAAUCCCAGAUCCGCAGCAUUGUGGUAUCCACGGGAGAUACCUAUGUCUAUGUGGCAGACAACAUGGGUUAUGUGUACAUGUAUGACAUCAAGGAUUACGCCCUUAAGGGACCAGAGCAAGAACCACCCAAAAGUGUCAAGUUCUGGAGAGCCCACAUUAAUGCAGUCACAUUCUUAGAGCUGAUAGAGGAAGAAAAGGCUCUAUUGUCUUCCUCCAUUGACUGUACAGUUCGUUUAUGGAGUAUGGAUGGAGAGUAUAUAGGCACUUUUGGACAGAGUGAACUCUGGGAUGUUUAUACAGCUGCCUCCUGGAAACAUCCUAUGGUGCCCUCUGAAAUCCUGAAGGAUCCAACGAGUAUGCCAGUCCACCAAGUGUUAGCAGAGAAUAUUCCAACUUCACGGAUUGAUCAUUUAGAGGAAGGCAAAAUAAUUCAGGAGAAAUCCAGGGCUAAGGCUGAACAGACUUUGAAUCUUAAAAUCCUUGAAGAUCCUCCCACUGAUGUUGAAAUAAAAAAAGAAAUUAAUAUUCAAGCUCAUCAGCAGACUAGGUUGCCACAAGAACAGAACAAGAAUUCCAACAGGCCAUUUAACACUGGGUGGCCUAGUGCUUAUCACACCCUCAAAUGUCAUGAGGUUGCCAAUAUUCCAUCUAUAGGAGGAAAACCAGAUUUAUCUAUUAUUGGUACAGACUUUGUUUUUAGUGAUAUUAAGGAAAAGAAUAACUAAAGUUAUUUCAAAGGACUGAUCAUUAAGCUGCUCCCUCACAAUUGGAAUGCUAGAAAACUUUAAAAUGUUUCUUUCCUUUGGAAUUUUCCUUUUUGAAUACUAGAGAAUGUUAUAAUGUUUUCUUUUAUUCACAACUCUCUCUCUCCCUGAAGAUUCAACACAUCUAACAGAGUGUAAUACAGGGACUCUAAGACUGGGGUUCACAUACAGACCACACCCUCUCCAAGAUUUCUGUGCAUAUAUUUUAGGGGAGAAGGUCUGUGAACUUUUCUUGGAAAAAAAUCACAUUCUUAUUUUAAUAUAGGAGGAGUAAGAACCAUGAUCACACAAACAAAGUAUGGUUUUUUUAAAACCCUUACCUUCCAUCUUGGAAUCAAUACUAUGCAUUGGCUCCAAGGAAGAAGAGUGGUAAGGGCUAGGCAAUGGGGGUCAAGUGACUUGCCCAGGGUCACACAGCUGGGAAGUGUCUGAGGCCAUAUUUGAACCCAGGACCUCCCAUCUCUAGGCCUGGCUCUCAAUCCACUGAGCUACCCAGCUGCCCCCUAAAGUAUGUUUUAUAACACUAUGUGUGUUAUUCAUUUAAAAACAUGAUUCUAGGAAAAUGUCUGUAGGCACCUGGCUGCCAAAGGAGGCUAUAAUAGAUAAAGGUAAAGAACUCCUGCUCUUUCUGCUAACAGUCAGAGAAUAACAAGACAAAAAAUUAUUUCAGCAGAUGUGGGCAUGCUUCCCAGCACAAUUAGAGUUCAUGUCUAAGCUUACAAAUUAGGAUUCAAGCUCCCUUCUCCCCUUCAUCUCCCUUCAGCCCCCAGGAAAUAGUUAUUUACUCAGCUUAGCCUUAAUGAAGAAAACAUUGGGUUGGGAACUGUCCCUGUCCUAUCAAUUCUGCCAUUUGUCCCCUGUUAUCUCCCAUUGUGUUAACCUAGGAAUAGUAUGUACCCUCUUUUCUACUGUGUCCAUUUCCUCCUCUAGAAAGAAUAGCUACUGCUACAGAUCCCCACCAAGAUGGUGGGAGAGCAAAACUGUAAUAUAUAAGUUAUUUGAGAAGAAACUAUAAAUACACACAAUAAAAAUAAUCACUUUUAUUAUA